AUGGACCCCAAGGACCGCAAGAAGAUCCAGUUCUCCGUGCCCGCGCCCCCCAGCCAGCUCGACCCCCGCCAGGUGGAGAUGAUCCGACGCCGGAGACCGACCCCUGCCAUGCUGUUCCGGCUCUCAGAGCACUCCUCACCAGAGGAAGAGGCCUCCCCCCACCAGAGAGCCUCAGGAGAGGGACACCACCUCAAGUCGAAGAGAGCCAACCCCUGUGCCUACACACCCCCCUCGCUGAAAGCUGUGCAGCGCAUCGCAGAGUCUCACCUGCAGUCCAUCAGCACCUUGAACGAGAACCAGGCCUCAGAGGAGGAGGAGGAUGAGUUGGGGGAGCUGCGGGCCCUGGGCUAUCCCAGAGAGGAUGAGGAGGAUGAGGAUGAGGAGGACGAAGAGGAGGAUGAAGAGGAGGACAGCCAGGCUGAAGUCCUGAAGCGCAGCAGGGAAUCUGCUGGACAGAAAGCAACCUGUGGUCAGGGUCUGGAGGGGCCCUGGGAGCGCCCACCCCCUCUGGAUGAACCCCAGAGAGAGGGAAGCUCUGAGGAUCAAGUGCAAGACCCUGCACAAAGUGGGCUGGGGAAGGAGUCACAACAUCCUGCACCCCCUGAGCCUGGCACCUAGGCACCAAGCCUUGCAUCUCCCAGGAGGGAGCAAGUGGAGGGGACAUCGCUGUUCUCCAUAAGCCCAUUCUGUCCUUACCCUAUUUUGUGCCCUUCCCCUCACCCGCUAGGGCUGCGGCUUCUGACUUUUAGGAGACUAAGGCUGGUCUGUGUUUGCUUGUUCGCCUACCUUUGGCUGAUGCCCAGAUUUCUGGGCACUUGCUACUUGAUGCCUACCCCUGCCAGUCGUUCCCCCAUUCACCCAAUGGGAGGUGGGAUGUAAGAGAGCCUGCAUUGGAAAAUCCAGGAACCUGGGGACAAGGGUUUACCCUUUGCAAUUCUACUCCCCAGGCCCCCUCCCCUGGGCACAGGAGACCACAGGGCAGGACCCUAAGAUCUGGGGAAAGAGGGUACUGAGAACCUGUAGGUGCCCUUAGAUUCUUCUCCAUCUCCUCUCAUAUGGGGGAUUCCAAGUCACCGCCCCUCACUGGCUUCUACCAGGGCCCAGGACUCAGGCAUCCUUCUCCACAGCCUCGACAUUUUGGAAAUCUUCCUUUUACCACCCCUGCUCCCCAGCCUGGGUGCCUGGAAGAUGGACUGGCAGAGGCUGCUUUGUUGCAUUUUGUAUGUGCUUUGAUGCCAGGAAUGCCGCCUUGUAUGCAUCCUUGUUGGGGCACAUGGUGGGGAUAGCCAGGUUCUCCUUGUCCUCCAGCUGCUCUGCCCCCUCUCCUUCUCCCUGACUCCAGGUCUGAACCUCUCCCUUGCUGUAAUAAAUCUUUGUAAAUAAC